UGUACUUAUUUGAUUUUUAUUACGUCAAUAAAUUAAUGUGUUACCUCCCAGGGAACGUUUCUUCAGGCUACUGUCCACAUCAUACUAGGUUUGAAUCAUUGCUGUCCAAGAUUAUUGAUACCUCCCUGUGGCACAGCCCCGAGUCAAGCAUGAUAUCUCCUGGGACAUUUGCAACAGCUUGUGAUGAGACCAGCAAAAUCCAUAACCCAACAAGCCUGCCUGAUGCUACAUCUGUGAUCAGCAUUGCUAAAUCCCCAGGGGAAGGAGCCUGUGGACAGCUGAAGGCAACUCCUACCAAUCUCACCACACACUUGACAGAAGAAAAAGCCCAACAGAUGCCAGAGGAUAUAUCAGCAGAAAGCAUUGUUCAGAAGUUAGUGGAGGAUCAGAAUGAAAAGAUUGUUCCUGUGAGGCUGCAGGAAAUAAGCCAAGACACAUUGGAUUAUUCCAGCGACUGUGGAAGGUGCAGAUUGCAGAAAUCCAUGGAAGAGACAGAGAGAGCUCAUUCUACACUGGAUAGUGUUCUAGAGAUGGUGGAAUCUAGAGAUCACACAAAGGAAGAAACAAUAAAAAAACAUGCACCAGGUGAAGAGGCCUUAUGUAUGUUACAAAAGAAAGAAAACAACAGCACUACAAACCAAAUCAACACUAUAAAAACACAGGGAGAAGUGACAGAAGACUCAGGAAGCAAAACAUCAGCGACAAGUGUGUCCACUGCCGUUGCAGGGUCAUCGUCUUGGAAUGAGGCAGAACUUGGAAGUCCAAUUCCAUGGGGAGAAAUCUUAGCUUAA